AUUAAUUAUUUGGGGCCGGGUUUGACAAUUUCCUGUGACUCCGAACCUAUUGCUCAUAAACUCGCUUACCAUUAACAUAACUAUAGUAAAUUUACCAACGGUUGAUCUACGCUCGUUUCUGUUCACCUCUAGGUCUUCUCACUAAGUUGCGGGUUCUGAAGAGUCGAUCGAUCAGUGUGUGCCCCGCGAUUUCGUAACUUUUCUUCUGCGUAUAGCGAACGCCGCUGUUGGUCGAAUGAUCGUGGCCCUAUAUCUUCCCCCUUUGCUUCCUUGAUCUCUAUAAUGGGUUCGACAGUCUACAGGAAUGACUGUAGUAACGGCUGGAUCGUGCAGAAGUUUGGGGGCACCAGUGUUGGCAAAUUUCCCGACAAGAUCGCGGAGGACAUCGUUCGCGCCAACCUAGGUUCCAACAAAGUAGCAGUUGUCUGCUCAGCCCGAAGCACGGGGAAGAAGGUCACAGGGACUACAAGUCGUCUCCUCGAAAUCUACAAGAAGCUGCGCAGAAUUACUGCCGCCACCAGCGCCGAAGCGACCCAAAACAAGAUCCUCGAUGAUGCCAAGGCGCUCAUCCAAGAAAUCUGCGACGACCAUGUCUUCGCGGUACAGUCCUUCAUCAAGGACCCCAGCCUGCAGAAGACGGUCACAGCCGACAUAGAAAAUGACUGCCAGGAAUUGGUUGACUACAUCAUUGCCGCUAAGCGCUUCAAUCUCGAAGUCAACGCGAGAUCCUUGGACAGGGUGGUCAGUUUUGGGGAGAAGCUAAGCUGCAGGUUUAUGACUUAUCUGCUGAAAGACAGGCAUGUGGACGCCGAAUACGUGGACCUCUCGGAUAUUAUGCAUUACGAGAGCUCGGAUCGGGUCGAUCCUGCCUUCUACAAGGAUGCGGCUGCCGUGUUCCAGAAGAGAAUAAGGGCUUGCAACGAGAGGGUGCCGGUCAUCACAGGCUUCUUCGGCAACGUUCCCGGAAGUUUGAUGGACGGUGAUAUCGGGCGGGGAUACACGGACUUAUGCGCUGCCUUGGUCGCAGUGGGACUGAAGGCAGACGAGCUGCAAGUAUGGAAGGAAGUCGACGGAAUAUUCACCGCAGACCCGACCAAAGUGCCCACGGCCCGGCUUCUAAGCUCCGUCACGCCCUCGGAGGCAGCCGAGCUCACCUUCUACGGGUCUGAGGUCAUCCACCACCUGACCAUGGACCAAGUCAUCAAGGCGGACCCGCCGAUCCAGAUCCGCAUCAAGAACGUGAAGAACCCGCGCGGUAACGGCACUAUCGUGGUGCCGGACUCGAACCAAUCGCCCGCACAACAAAUCCGGCGUUCCCGGCCGUCGGACGAGGCGCUGCGACGCACCCCCAAGCGCCCCACAGCCGUCACAAUCAAGGACGGCAUCUCCAUCAUCAACGUGCACUCCAACAAGCGAUCCAUCUCUCACGGCUUCUUCGCCAAGGUUUUCUCCAUUCUCAACCGCCACAGCAUCUCCGUCGACCUCAUUUCGACCUCCGAGGUCCAUGUGUCCAUGGCCAUCCACGCGGCGAGCUCGUCGCCUUCGCAUUUCGAGGCCGCGUGUAAGGAGCUUGAGGAGUGUGGCGAUGUGAGUAUUUUGCAGGAGAUGGCCAUUCUCAGUUUGGUGGGCGCCGAGAUGAAGAAUAUGGUGGGCAUUGCGGGGCGUAUGUUCUCGACGCUCGGAGAGCACAAUGUCAAUAUUGAGAUGAUAUCACAAGGGGCUAGCGAGAUCAACAUCAGCUGUGUUAUUGAUGCGAGGGAGGCGACGAGGGCCAUGACUAUUCUCCAUACAAAUCUAUUUACCUUCUUGGAAUAGACUAAUAGAGUUGAGCGUUUUGACGUUGCGGAUAUGCUGGUGUAUCGUAUGUGUGAUGGGGCUGUGCAUGUCUUGGCCCCCCUCCCCCUUUUUCGAAUGUGUGUCAAAAUGUGAAUGAAAUGAAUCAGCGAGGACCUGUGUACAGUCUUGGG